AUGGUAACUAUUUCAACUGGAGAUGGUUCUGUUCCUUCGGGAAUCGCUGUUGGUGAUUUCAACGGUGACUGCCGGUUGGAUAUAGUAUUGACUACUUCUUUCACCGAUAAUGUCGGUAUUCUACUUGAAUAUGGUAACGGAAUAUUUACUGCUAUGAUAACCUAUCCAACUGGAGACAGUUCACUCCCAGUUGCAGUAACCGUAGGCGAUUUUAACAGUGACGAUGGAUUGGAUAUUGUUGUGGUUAAUCAUGAUAGCAGCAAUGUUGCUAUUCUGCUGGGAUACAGCAACGGAAGUUUUGCAAACCAAGUGGCCUAUUCGACAGGUACUAGAUGUCAACCGUGGUCGGUGGCUGUUGGUGAUGUCAACAACGAUAAAAGACUUGAUCUUGCUGUCGCUAAUUACAAUGUCGAUAAUGUGGGUAUUCUUCUCGGACAUGGUACUGGAACAUUUGCUGCUGUCAGAACAUAUUCAUCUGGAGUUGGUUCGGGACCGUCAUUUAUUAGCGCUGGGGAUUUUAAUAAAGACAACAGAUUAGAUAUUGCCGUCGCUAACUCACUGUCGAACAACAUCGGUGUAUUUCUUGGAUCUGGUAGUGAACCUUUUACCGGAAUAACAGCAUAUGCCACUGGCGAUGGAUCUCGGCCACAUUCGGUCGCUGUUGGUGACUUCAACAAUGAUGGCCGAUCUGAUAUUGUCGUAGCUAACUAUGGAACUAACAAUGUGGGUAUUUUCAAACCUAUGAUGAAUUAUUCAACUGGUGAUGGUUCUGCGCCCUUUUCUGUUGCUGUCGACCAUGUCAGUAGUGACAAUCGAUUGGAUAUUGUUGUUGCAAAUUCUAAAACUAAUAACAUCGUUAUCCUUCGUGGCUUUAGUAAUGGAACUUUUACUAUAGGAGAGAUGUAUUCAACUGGAGAUCGUUUUCGUCCAUACACAAUUGUCAUCAGUGAUUUCAAUAAUGACAAUAGAUCGGAUCUGGCUAUUGUGAAUUCUGGUACUAACAAUGUACUCUUGUUUUAUGGAUUUGGCAAUGAAAUAUUUGGAAAUGAAAUAUCAUAUCCAUUGGGGUAUGACUAUCGUCCUUACUCGAUUGCUGUAAUAGAUGUGAAUCAAGACUGA